AUGAAAGUUGGAAUUGCGCCAAAGUUUAAGUGGACAAGAAGAAGGUUGGCGAGAGUAGUUGUGGUCGUUGUGGCUUUGGUGAUGGUCACUUGUAGAGGUGAAAGUGGAGAUAAUUAUACAGAAGACAAUAUAUCAAGAGUUACCUCCAUUGAGGAAGAGAAUAGCCAAGCUCAAAGAAGGAAUCUUGCCUCUGAUCGUUCUAAUGGAGACUUUGACAACUGUAAAUGCGAUUUAACAACUAAUUCAUGUGAUGUGAACUGCUGAUGAGAUGACGACUGUUCCUCUGAUCUAAAACAAAAAUGGGAGAACAGAGAGUUUUCAUGUCUUUAUGAAGGAGACAGCAAUACAAUCAGAUCAGCAGGAGAAUGAUAUGAUAGAGAUGUAGUCGCAAGACUUUCAGAUUUACAAGAUGGAUAUAGAAUCUUCACUAAUCGUCUCGGCUCAUUUGGAUGCAUCUUAUUCAAAAGAGAAUCUAAGCCUGAAGGAUUUGUUGAGAAAACCUUUACUGUAACGAACGAAGCUCAAUUUAAUAAUGAAGCUGAUGAAGCAGAGGAUAAUUUCUCGGCUCCUUUAGAAAUAACGAAAGAGAACACUACGAGUCUAUAUAAUUUAGGAGAUAAUUUAUUCCAAGACUUGAAUACAAAGUUCAAACUUCCGACUCCAAACUCGUUCGGUGUGUGAGAAGAGACAAGAGCUGUUAAGUUUAUGCAAAAUAGAAAUUCAACUUCAUGUACAAGAUUGACGACUUAUGAUGGUUGCAGUUCAGAAACAAUGGUUCCAUCAUUUACAUUAUUACCGACGAUCCAAGCUACAUCAAGUACUACAGUGACUGCUACAAGUUUGAAUACUUGGUCUGUUGCAGCUGAUAAGACCAUUAAUAAAGCUUUCACUUUCCCUGCAACAAAUCAAAUUGCUUCUAAAAGUGGCACAACUACUUGUACUUGCACAAAUGUUCCAAAAGAAAUCCAUUAUAUUGCUUAUACGUCAGGCGGAAGCCAGAUUACUUCUAUCAGUGCUAAUGUUGUUUUUGAAGCAACUAUUAGUGGAACUUGAGCAAAUACCUUGGCUUAUGAACAAAUCUACUCUUUCACGUUCAAAGAAUCUUCGAAUAGUAGAAUCCAAAGCGGAAGCCCAGGAUACAAGAAAGGAUACCCUAUUCUAGCAGGAACUAGUGCUACUGACAGCAGCAAUAGAGCAUAUAUAAAGGCUAAAGAGCAAGGUUUUCAGCUAUAUGGAGCCAAAGAUAAUGGAGAAUGUAUCAUUGAUGCCACUACUAACUUCGAUGCUGAUUCUUACAGCUAUUAUAGAGAUCCUUAUCUGACCUUCGGAGAUGGCUCAAUGUAUGGUUGAAAACUGAGUUAUACAGCAACUCAAUUAGAAACUUUCUGCACUACUCAAUCUGCACAAGUUGCAUUAAUCAACAAUUUGAAAACUAAUUUGAAGAAAGUCGGCAUAUAUGGAAAUUCUAAUCCUCAUUUCCCUCUUGAUUGGAUAGAUGUGGAAUAUGUCAGUUCUCUUGAAACCACAGCUGCAUGGAUUGGUAGUACUACAAACACGUGCACAUGGAAUGGAGCUUAUUCUUUAAAAAUAUACUACACGCGUCUUGGAGUUGAUGAAAACCCUCAAUACAAAAUCUCCAGAGUUAGGUUGAUCCCUGAAAGAAUUGUCUGGAAGUACACCGAACUAGUAAAUACAGAAACACAAGACUUCAACUUCCAGGUAUCCAUCUCGUUCCAUGAAGCUCCACAAGAGUUAGAAGAUUUUUCUCCAAAGCCGCCAAACAAAUUGCCCAAGCUUUCCAGGAAUGUGCUUUAUCCAUUCUUUAUUUAUGAUGAUUAG